AUGCGUGACAAAGACCGUCUCCGGACUUUUUUCCUAUUUUUUGGGGUUUUAUGGAUCUCCCAAAUUUGCACAGGGAUAAUUAUCCCUACGCAAGAGCAGCCCCGUCCCCAGUAUUCAUCCGGAAUAAAAACUGCAUUUAGAAAAAAUUCCAAUCCGUACAUGCUUCAGAACUAUAGCAGAGUUGUAGUGCAUAAUAGGCCAGAUAUUCCAGGAGCACAGUAUGUUCGUACUCAUACUGAAGACAUACAACAUGUCUAUCCUGUAUAUAAUAUCCAAGGAAACAACCAGAGAGUGCAGCAUCAAAAUGUUUUACAAACACAAUCCCAUACCAAAAUCGAUGCCGGACAAUUCAACAGACCAAACAGAACGAUUAUUAAAAGAAAAAUUGAGUCUAAAACUUUGGAAAUAUAUACCAAGUGUCCACCUGGAGUAACCGGGCAGUUCAUUUAUUCAGCUUCUUGCAAUCAGUUCUUGAACUGUUGGAAAGGGAGAGGUAACGUCCAAAACUGUGCGCCGGGAACACUGUUCAAUCCAAAAUCGUUGGAAUGUGAUUUUCCGGAGAAGGUGGAAUGUGUAACAGGUCCUAGCUCAAAUACCAUAGAAAACAUAAGAGUGCAAAAAUCCGUGCUUCAAGCUUCCUGUCCUGCUGGUUUUUCCGGUAUAAUACCGGAUUAUUUUGACUGUUCAAAAUUUAUCAACUGCGAUAACGGACAAGAAAAUAAAAUGGCUUGUGCUCCUGGUACUUUGUUCGACAUGAACAAAAAUAUGUGCGAUUAUCCGCAGAGCACUACUUGUUUCAAUGGAGAUAAUUCUCUUGAAUUGAAUUCAGCUGGUACUCAACAACAUUAUCAGUGGUCUCAGGGUUCAACUGAUGGCCAUGAUCUAUGUACAUCCCAGAAUUGUAAAUCUGGUACCUAUCGUGAAAGUCAUCCUGUAGGUCAAGAAACAGUACCUACAUACACUUACUGUAACCCAAAGACUCAAAACUGCGGACAUAGUACAUAUUAUGACUUGCGUGGAAGUCAGUCAGGAUCCAAAUCCACUACAUAUUCGCAAACUAAUAAUAGGGAAGAUAAUUACCAAUAUGGAACUGAUAAUUUAAGAUAUGGCCAUAAUACUGACGAAGUAAGGUAUGAUUCAAGUAGAGGACAAAAUAAUUAUCGGUGUAGUUCGGGUCAAAAUUGUGCAAGACCAACGCAAAACGGUGUAUCAUCUGGAAAUACACAAUACCAAACCUUAAGCUACGGACAAAACAAUGCAGGACAAUAUUCAAAUCAACAAUCAGUUUAUAGUCAUUCCACGACUUAUAAGCCUGACAAUGAAGAACAUAUCAGUACUUCUACUGAAUACAUAGGAUGCGAUUUACAAACUUUAAAGUGUUUUCUGCCUGGUGAGCAUGGUAGUCCAAUAAAUGGAAAUACUGAAGGCUUAGUUAAAAAAAUCUAUAAAAUUAAUCAAAAAUGUAAUCCAGCAGUCCAAAAUUGUGGUCAAUACAGAGUAACCUAUUCGAACAAUGGGCAAAACAACGAAUACUUAGGAAACGGUCACGGUGAACUCAACAGACAUAACUGUAAUCCAGCUACACACAACUGUGAACAAUACUCAGGACAAAGUACUACAGUUACGCAAUGGUCAAGUUCUCCACAACAACGGCCCAAUUACAAUAAAAUAUGUAACGUUAAUGACCCAACCUGUAGACAAAACCAAUGGACCAACCAACAGUCAGUUAGCCAGAAAACUACGACAGAUUCUCGACCUGUCUGUCCCAGUGGAUUUGUGGGUCUACACAAGCACCCUACUGAAUGCAAGAAAUAUUUGAACUGUGCUAACGGUCAGACGUUCGUGAUGGAUUGUGGUCCUGGGACUGUGUUUAAUCCGAAAAUUUCGGUGUGCGAUUAUCCUUACAAUGUUGACUGUACAGACGCUGAAACUUCUCAAGUUACUACGACUGUGGAUUACGGCAAUACGGGAGGUGCUAGAGCUGAGGUUAACACGGGAAGCUAUACUGAGUGGCACAAUCAAGACGGACAUAACGGGCAAGAUUUGAAUCACAAUUCAGGAAACGGUAAACCUGGAUACGUAAUUAAUCCAGUAGAGAAAUCCCCCGAUUACGAUGAUGUCUACAACUCAAACCACUAUCAACGAAGACCGCAAGUAACCACCCCAAGAAGCGCUUGGCCCCCACCAUAUCAAACCGCGGAUUCUAACGAUCUUGGCGAGACGGAUUAUGUCUUUACUUACGACAACGGAGAUCCGGUAGUUUUGGAACCGGAAAACGUAAUCGAAGUCAAACAAAGGGUAACUAGGAAAUGUUCUGACGAUGAUUUUCACUGCAGUGCGAACUCUUGUAUUUCUCUGACGUUGCUUUGUGACAAUAAUAGGGAUUGUGCCGACGGAAAAGACGAGCAAAACUGUCGAGAAUACGUCGAAAGAUUUUCAGUGGCAAAACACUCACGUCUUGUCGUAGUAGAAAACCAACGCAUUGUCAACGUCUCCCAUUCAACUUGCGCUGUCCUUUGUAUUCAAAAUAAGAAGUUCACAUGCAGAUCAUUCACCUACAGAAGAUCUGACAGAAAUUGUUUCUUAUCCGACAAAAACAUAGGGCUAUCUGGAGCUCUACAGACCCAUCAUUCCAGCGACUACUACGAAUUAAAAGAUGGUACUAUAGACUGCUCCGAUAAAACUAAAUACUUUGAAUGUAAUAACAAGAAAUGCUUGACUAAAGAUUAUGUGUGUGAUGGGUACAAUGACUGUGAUAAUAGGGAAGACGAAAAACAUUGCGGGGCCGAAAAGUUUGGAUACAAAAUAAAGUUGGCCGGGUCUGCUCAGAAGAAUGAAGGGCGAGUAGAAAUUACAGCCUUUGGCAGUACCGGCUUCAUCUGUGACGACGACUUCAGCAUAGUCGACGCCAAUGUCAUUUGUAGAGAACUAGGAUUCCCGCUAGGAGCAGCUGAAGUGAAAGGUCAAUCGUACUUUGCCAAAGACCUAAAAGAAAGAAACACCUUAUAUAUGAUAGACGACCUAAACUGCGUCGGCAAUGAAAGUACCGUCAUCGAUUGUACGUUCCCUGGUUGGGGAAUGCACAACUGCAGAGACCAAGAAAUAGCUGGAGUAGUGUGUAAAACUCCACAAAAGAAAUGCGGAAGUGAUAAAUGGAAAUGUGAUAGUGGAAAUGAGUGUAUUCCGUUUGAGUUCGUUUGCGAUGAUGUCGAAGAUUGUAACGAUGAUUCCGAUGAAGCUGUCCAACAUUGUGAGGCACCCACCGAAUUGCGCCUUGUAGGAGGUACUUAUCCCGGAGAAGGACGAGUUGAAAUCAAACACAACGGUAUCUGGGGAACUAUUUGUGACGACGACUUCAACGAAGAUGCAGCUAAAGUGGUGUGCAAGUCCUUGGGAUACAAAGGCAAGAGUUUUGUUAAAAAGGAUGCUUUCUUUGGGGCAGGUUUUGGGCCCAUAUGGCUCGAUCAAGUAUCUUGUUAUGGCAACGAGACCGAGCUAAAUACAUGCACACACUGGGACUGGGGCGAGCACAAUUGCGAACAUAGUGAAGACGUGGGGGUGAUCUGCUCACAGGAUGCAACAGAAGUCCAGAAUGAAAGACACUCAAAUCUACCCACAAGGAUUGAAGAAGGAUUACCCAAAAACUGUGGCUUUAGGAAAGACAAUCAGUUUGCCAUCAACGAUUUAAUUCAGGCAAGAGUGAUAGGAGGAGGUGUUGCUAAGAAAGGAGAUUAUCCUUGGCAGGCGGCUCUUAAAGUUAGAGUCAAAGACAAAUCCGCCCACUGGUGUGGAGCCAUUAUCAUCUCCAGCAGAUGGGUUUUAACCGCAGCCCACUGUCUACAGGGUUACACUAAAGGCGCCUACGUGAUCGUUGCCGGUGAUUAUAACACAGACGACAACGACGGAAGCGAGCAACAGAAAUAUAUCGAUGAGUUCUUCGUGCAUGAGCAGUUCAGGAAGGGACACAAACUCAACAACGAUAUUGCUCUGAUAAAAGUAAAAGGUACUGGAUUCGUUCUGAAUGACGACGUCCAACCUAUUUGUUUGGCUGAUGCUAGUACAGAUUAUAGUAAGCAGAUGAAUUGUACUAUAUCUGGAUUCGGAUCGAUCAAAAGUGGGGUUUCAGCUUACUCCCACAAUUUACUAUCAGCUUGGAUAUCUACAUAUUCCGACAACAUAUGUAAAAUGCCCCAUGUAUACGGCGAUGUUUUAACAAACGGUAUGUUUUGCGCUGGUUCUAUGGACGGUGCGAUGGACGCUUGCGAUGGGGAUAGUGGAGGUCCAUUGGCUUGUUUGGACCAAGGUGUUUUUACUCUUUAUGGUAUAACUUCUUGGGGCAUGCACUGCGGAUACGCAAACAAACCAGGUGUUUAUGUGAAAGUUGGACAUUACAGACAGUGGAUUGACGAUACCAUAGCAAAGCAUUCGAGGUGA